AAGGAGGAGGAGGGGGAGGAGGGGCCGCGUGUGACAUUGUGAAACAGUCUUCCUUCUUAUGGAGCUAACGUUACUCAACAUUUGGAAAAGGACCCGCAGACCAACGUUAACACGAGGAUAAUGUUAUAGUGACAUUUUCGUACGUGUGUUUUUUUUCCGGCUCUUUCCUUCAAAAAGCGCGAGACCUUUCACGAUAAAGACUAGAAUGCUUCAGCUCGAAAGCCUGUUCACCCACUUUCAACCCAGCUCCAAAGCUUCAGAGAGUGUCCAAGGCCAGAGCCCACCACCACACACACAGACACUACCUGAAUUUUUACAGCACGUCAGGAAACUCACUGGCCUGAGAAAAGAGGAUGUUUACUGCAACCUGCGAAUUCCCGAUCAGGUUCAGACGGCCAAAGAUGACAUCAACGUUGUUAUACUCACAGGCCACGGGAUCUUCUGCAUUGACAUAAAAACCUGGAGAGGCACUGUGUCUGCUCGCAAACAAACCUGGCAUGUUCAAGUGAAAGAAGAGGACCAACAUUUUACCAACACCUGCAUCGAGCAGACUGAAGAUCCCCUGAGAGCCAUCAUGACCAAAACAACGAACUUGUGCAACCAUUUGAAGAGGAAUGGAGUGUCCGUGCACCAAAACCUUUUCUUCCCCAGAGUCAUCUUCCUCUCCCCGGACUGUGAUCUGGAGGAGGAGCUGAGGAAGAGGAAGGAGCUGCUCUCACACAGCCAGAUAGAUGACUUCCUGAGAUCUUUCAGGGAAGGCUACAUGACCUGGAUAUCAGAUGCACUGACUCCCUCCUGGCUCUCUGGUCAUCUGUCAUACAGGCAGAUCGAGACAGUGCGCAAUGUCCUGAGGAGCGUAGGAACGUGGGACCUGGUGAGGCUGCACUGUGGCGACCAGCUCAAAGGAGACUACCAGGGCUGCCAGUACAUCGCCGUCAACCGCCAGGAGAUGGACGCACUGGAGUUUUCCAGGGUCAGGACACUGUCUGCUGACUCACUGUGGGCCCUGCUGGGACACACUCCACAGGUAACAGUUAAAAUGUAUAAGCGUGGAUCUCAUGGCUGGCUGGGGAAGUCCCCGAGCGCCACCACCACCAUCCCAUCCAACACCUUUGUGAUCUUCAGGAUCAGCGGAGACGAAACGGACGCUAAAAUCCCUGCGAGCACCAUUCACAGCAUCACACUGAGCAUUUAACAGUGCAAUGUGGUCCCAAACAGAACUCUAGAUUUAGCUCAAAGCUCAUCCAUUCUUACAGAGUGCCUUAUACUAUGCAGGUAGGGGAAGGAAAGAGGGAGGAAAAAAAAGCACAAUUUGCCAGUUUUCCUGAGUAGCUGAUCCUCACUUGCAAUAUUAUGUUAAUGAAGAUUGUGUCAGACAAUUAGCCUGAUUAAGUUUCUCUUGUUUUGAAUUUCUGGGGGCGAGCCCACACUUUGCACAUCUAUUAAUUAAUCAUUACGUGGGCUGAUUGUGUGACAUCAAUUCAGGAUUUCAAGUGUUUUAAUGUGUUAAUUGUGGCAGUUUAAAAAAAAAACCCACUGGCCUCUGCUGCAAUGAGGGCUGAGUGUGUUACUGCCUCUUUGGGUUUUUAAUGGGGAGUGAUUUACGGUCUGUUUCCACAGUGCAACUGUAAGGUGCUUUAUUAAUAUGCUCGACUGCACAGUGAGGGGGGGACGAUAACGUAUUCAAGAGCGCACAGGCGCAGCCAGCAGCACCAUUCAUAACUGUGUCUGACUCGCUUUCCAUCAGUUACCAGGCUCGCACAGCUGCGCUAACAGCUAGCAAUUGUAUUUACUGGGCCUGGUAGUGGCCAAAAUGAAGUUAUUUCCAUCAAGAUAUCAGUGCCUUUAGCUAAUGCAAUAGAGAGAGCCUCUCUGUGUCCAUGGUAUCUCUCGCUACCUGAGACAUCAUUACACUGUACUCAAACUCAAAUGUCUGUUUACUGUUUUACCUGAGGGACAGAACACAGGUCGUCGUACAAACAGCCCGGUGUUGUUUGCAGCAGUAGACGCACAUUUUUAUAGACUCUGGUUGUUGUUGUUGUUUUUUUCUAACAGUCAACUUUGCUUUAUUUUUGUCGGUGUUCCGAAAUUGAUCGCUCAUAUUUACGACAUGAGACGAUCUGGGAUGAAGACGACAUUACUAACUUGAAGUGAACUAGUUAUGUGCAUGCAGGUUUUACUGUAUUUUUUAUUACGCAAUAUAAAAAACAACAACAAAAAAAACGAUAAUUUAAAAGAAAAAAAGAGCACUUUCACCUCAAUCAGUCCACCUCAAGAAGAAUGAUCGCUUACUUUACUCUUCAGUUGGUUUAUUUAAGCAUGUUGGUUUCAUUCACUGGUGUGUUCCUUUUUUUGUAUUUGUACUAUAGUGUCAUAAUAAACCGAUAUGACGUUAA